AUGCAUGUGCUCUUCUGGGGUUUAGGAUUUCUUACCAUUCUCCCUGACUUGUUGAUUGUGGAUGCAUCAACAACAGGGAGACAUUUGUUGAGCUCAAGAAAAGCAAACGCACUCGGUGCAUACGAGAUUUUCACUCCAACAAGAGUGGAUGAAGCUGGUGACAGACUACCUACAAGUAUACACUUCAAACGGAAAAAGCGGAGUAUUGAUUCACCAGUGGAUAACAGUGUUGAUCAGUGGGCCUCACCGACCAUCCAUUAUCGCAUAUCUGCUUUUGGACAGAAUUAUGAACUCAACCUCACACUUGAGUCGGGAUUUAUUGCGCCACUUUACACUGUCACGAUACUCGGACUACCCAACAGUGGUAACCUAACGGAAUUCUCACAAGAGGGGGAGGAGGAAGAGACUGACUAUCAGCACUGCUUCUACCGAGGACAUGUGAAUGCAGACCCGGAGCACACCGCAGUUAUCAGCCUCUGCUCCGGUUUGCUUGGCACUUUCAGGUCACCCGAAGGGGAAUAUUUUGUGGAGCCCCUUCAUAGCUACAAUGGUGUACAUUAUGAAGAAGAGCACAACAAACCUCAUAUUGUGUAUAGAAAGGAUACCCCCAAGAAGACUGGGAGGGAGGAUGAGGCAUGUGAGACUUCAGGUCACAAAAAGAGACACAGGCGACUCAAAGACCAGGCGAAGAAGAGGCCUUCCACUGGCAUGCAGGCUGACCUGGAGAGCCUGAGCACUGGACUCUUCGGCGAUGCCUUCCCUUUGAGCGAAAACACGCACGCGGCUAACGACAGCAGUGACUCAGGACCUCACAGGAGAUCAAAGCGCUUCCUCUCCUAUCCGCGCUUUGUAGAAGUCAUGGUGGUUGCGGACAGCAAAAUGGUGGAACAUCACGGCAGCAACCUCCAGCACUACAUUCUCACCCUCAUGUCCAUUGUAUCCUCCAUAUAUAAGGACCCUAGCAUUGGAAAUCUGAUUCAUAUCGUCAUUGUGAAGUUAGUUAUUAUAAACAAUGAGCUGGACGGACCCGUGGUGUCUUUCAAUGCACAAACCACUUUAAAAAACUUCUGCAUAUGGCAGCAGGGUCAAAAUCACCCUGACGACAACCACCCCUCACAUCAUGACACAGCAAUCCUCAUCACGAGACAAGACAUCUGUCGUGCACGUGACAAAUGUGAUACCUUAGGUCUUGCGGAGCUGGGUACUGUUUGUGACCCAUACCGAAGCUGCAGUAUUAGCGAGGAUAAUGGACUUAGCACCGCUUUCACCAUUGCCCAUGAACUAGGCCAUGUGUUCAACAUGCCCCACGACGACAGUAACAAAUGUAAGGAGGACGGUGUGAAGAACCAGCAGCAUGUUAUGGCACCCACGCUCAACUACUACACCAACCCCUGGAUGUGGUCCAAGUGCAGCCGCAAAUUCAUCACUGAGUUCCUCGACACAGGGUAUGGAGAGUGCUUACUUGACGAGCCAAUAUCUCGACCAUACAGCCUAUCUCAGCAGCUGCCUGGGCGGAUAUACAAUGUCAAUAAACAAUGUGAAUUGAUAUUUGGGCCAGGAACACAGGUGUGCCCAUAUAUGACCCAGUGCCGCAGGCUGUGGUGCACCAGCCCGGAGGGAGCGCAGCGCGGCUGCCGCACCCAUCACAUGCCCUGGGCGGACGGGACCGACUGCUCCCCUGGCAAGCACUGCAAGCACGGCCUGUGCAUCGCCAAAGAGAACGAUGCCACGCCCGUGGACGGUGCCUGGGGCGCGUGGAGCCCGUUCGGAACAUGCUCUCGGUCUUGCGGCGGCGGGAUCAAGAUCGCCUUGCGGGAGUGCAACCGACCCGUGCCGAGGAAUGGGGGGAAGUACUGCGUGGGCCGCCGGAUGAAGUUCCGCUCCUGCAGCUCCGAGCCCUGCUCCAAGGUGAAGAAGGACUUCCGCGAGGAGCAGUGCGCCACGUUCGACGGCAGGCACUUCAACAUCAACCUUCUACCUCCAAACGUUCGCUGGGUGCCAAAAUACAGUGGAAUCCUCAUGAAGGAUCGGUGUAAGCUGUUCUGCCGGGUGGCUGGGAGCACGGCCUACUAUCAGCUCAGGGACCGGGUCAUUGACGGUACCCCAUGCGGGCCGGACACCAACGACAUCUGCGUACAGGGCCUCUGCAGGCAAGCCGGGUGUGACCACGUGCUCAACUCCAAGGCGAGGAGGGACAAGUGUGGUGUGUGUGGAGGGGACAACUCCUCGUGCAAGCCCAUGCAGGGCACGUUCAACACCGUCCACUACGGAUACAAUGUAGUCGUUCGAAUACCCAGUGGUGCUACAAACAUUGACGUCCGACAACACAGCUACUCAGGGAAGCCAGAGGAUGACAACUACCUCGCUGUUUCUGACAGUCGUGGGGAAUAUUUGCUCAACGGAGGGUUCGUGGUCAGCAUGUUCAAAAGGGAAAUCAAGCUGGGCAACGCUGUCCUUGAGUACAGUGGCUCUGACCACGUCAUCGAGAGACUCAACUGCACUGACCGCAUCGAGGAGGACAUCAUAGUCCAGGUGCUUUCUGUGGGGAACCUGUUCAACCCAGACGUCAGGUAUUCCUUCAACAUCCCCAUCGAGGACAAGCCGCAGCAGUUCUUCUGGGAUGCCUACGGACAAUGGCAAGAAUGUAGCAGGCUUUGCCAAGGGGAGCGCAAGAGGAAGAUCCUGUGCAGCCGCGAGUCGGACCGCGUGGUGGUGUCCGACCAGCGGUGCCACGGCUCGGCCCGGCCCAGCGCCAUCACCGAGCCCUGCAACACGGAGUGUGAACUCAGGUGGCACAUCGCACGUAAGAGCGAGUGCAAUGCCCAGUGCGGCCUUGGCUACCGCACGCUGGAGAUCUACUGUGCCAAGCACAGCCUCGCCGACGGCAAGACUCAGAAGGUGGACGACCGCUACUGCAGCAACCAGCGCAAGCCCGACGACAAGGAGGGUUGCCAUGGAGACUGCAACCCUGGCGGCUGGGAGUACUCCCCAUGGUCAGAGUGCUCCAAAAGCUGUGGAGGGGGCACCCGUCGGCGGGGGGCGGUGUGCGGGAAGGCAGCAGAGGUCGGCGGGGACGAGAGCAAAUGCAACCAGAGGGACAAGCUCACCGUCCAGCCCUGCAAUGAGUUUCAGUGCCCGCAGUGGAAGACCGGCGACUGGUCAGAGUGUUUAGUAACCUGCGGAAAAGGAUACAAGCACCGGCAGACCUGGUGUCAGUUCGGAGAGGACCGACUGGACGACCGGUUCUGCGACUCGUCUAAGCCGGAGUCGGUGCAGACGUGCCUGCAGCAGGAGUGUGCCUCGUGGCAGGUCGGAUCCUGGGGACAGUGCUCCACCACGUGUGGACCAGGCUAUCAGAUGAGGGCGGUGAAGUGCGUGGUGGGGUCGUACGGGUCUGUCAUGGACGACACGGAAUGUAACGCAGCCACCAGGCCCACGGACACUCAGGAUUGUGAGCUAGCUCUGUGCCCAGUUGCCCAUCCUGUGUCACCGGACACCAAAUUGCCUUCUCAUCCCGGUCACAAAACCCAGUGGAGAUUUGGAUCGUGGACACAGUGCAGCGCCUCCUGUGGCAAAGGAACUCGGAUGCGGUAUGUGAGUUGCCGUGACAACCAGGGAGGAGUGGCCGAGGAGUCUGCCUGCGCUCACCUUCCCAGGCCGACGGCGCGGGAAGUCUGCCAGGUGGUGGCAUGUGGCCAGUGGAAGGUUCUGGAGUGGACUCCGUGCUCGGUGUCCUGCGGCCAGGGCAAAGCAACCCGCCAGGUGGUGUGCGUGAACUUCAGCGACCAGGUGGUGGAUGUGAGCGAGUGUGACCCAGACGACCGUCCAGCCCGCGAGCAAGAGUGCGCCAUGCCCCAGUGCCCCUCCAGGCCCACUGACCACGGCUCCUUCCCCCCCAUCCCCAAGAGCGUGCCGCCGGCUGGGGGCAGCGACAGCAGGAGAGGCCGCAACCAGUGGAGAACUGGUCCUUGGGGAGCGUGCUCCAGCACGUGUGCGGGAGGCUUCCAGAGGCGCGUGGUGGUGUGCCAGGAUGAGAACGGCUACACGGCCAACAACUGUGAUGAGAGCUCCCAGCCCAACGAGCAGCGCUCCUGCGAAUCUGGACCCUGCCCGCAGUGGGUCUAUGGCAACUGGGGAGAGUGUACGAAGUCCUGUGGCGGCGGGAUAAAAACACGGCUGGUCGCAUGUCAGCGGCCCAACGGGGAGCGCUUUAACGAUCUGAGCUGUGAAAUUCUUGACAAACCGCCCGACCGAGAGCAGUGCAAUACUCAGUCGUGCCCGUCUAGCCCUCACUGGAGCGCAGAUCCAUGGAGCUCGGUACGCUCAUAA